AUGUCUGUCUUCAAUAGUUCUGCCUUUUACCCUCGCUUCCUCCUAACAGGCCUCUCAGGCCUUGAAAGCAAAUAUGACUUGAUUUCCCUCCCCAUCUUCUUGGUUUAUGCCACCUCGAUUGCCGGGAACAUUAGCAUCCUCUUCAUUAUCAGAACCGAGUCUUCCCUGCACCAACCAAUGUAUUACUUUCUGUCAAUGCUGGCAUUCACUGACCUGGGCCUGUCUACCACUACCUUGCCUACCAUGUUCAGUGUCUUCUGGUUCCAUGCCCGGGAGAUCUCCUUCAAUGCUUGUCUGGUCCAAAUGUACUUCAUUCAUGUUUUCUCAAUUAUUGAGUCAGCUGUACUCUUGGCUAUGGCCUUUGAUCGCUUUAUAGCAAUCGGAGAACCCUUGCGCUAUGCAGCCAUUCUAACCAAUGAUGUAAUUAUUGGGAUUGGGUUGGCAAUUGUUGGAAGGGCCUUGGCUCUGGUCUUUCCAGCUUCCUUCUUCUUGAAGAGGCUUCAGUAUCAUGAUGUCAAUAUUUUGUCCUACCCUUUCUGCCUGCACCAGGACCUCAUAAAGACAACUGUAUCCAACCGUCGAGUCAGCAGCAUCUAUGGCCUCAUGGUGGUUAUCUGUUCCAUGGGACUUGAUUCAGUGCUUCUCCUCCUCUCCUAUGUCCUCAUCCUGAGCACAGUGUUGAGUAUAGCCUCCAAGACAGAGAGAGUGAGAGCCCUCAAUACUUGCAUCUCUCACAUCUGUGCUGUACUCACCUUCUAUACGCCAAUGAUCGGGUUAUCUAUGAUCCGUCGCUAUGGACAGAAUGCUUCCCCAAUUGUCCACGUGCUCAUGGCCAAUGUUUACUUGCUAGUUCCACCUCUCAUGAACCCCAUUGUCUACAGUGUUAAGACAAAGCAGAUUCGUGACAGAAUCCUGAAGAAAUUCAAGAAAGAUGAAGUGUAG